GACACUACAGACCCCUGCAACAGGAGUUUGGAGAAGUUGUUGUGUUGGCACUGCAGUUUGACAAGAUGCUUCCCGGAGCGCUCGCCGUGCUGCUGACUCUUUUCAGCCUCACUGAGAGCAAACAGAAAGACUUUUAUACAUUUAAAGUAGUCAACAGCAGGGGGAAGUUAGUCUCCCUGGAAAAAUACCGGGGUUCGGUGUCCCUGGUGGUGAAUGUAGCCAGUGAAUGUGGCUUCACUGAGGAACACUACAAAGACCUGCAGCAGAUCCAGAGGGACUAUGGGCCGUAUCACUUCAAUGUUCUGGCCUUCCCCUGUAACCAGUUUGGGCAGCAGGAGCCCGGGAGCGACAAAGACAUCGACAGCUUUGUGCGCAGAGUCUACGGAGUCUCCUUCCCCUUGUUCAGUAAGAUAGCUGUUGUCGGAACCGGAGCCAACAAUGUCUACAAAUAUCUCGUCGAGUCUUCUGAAAUGGAGCCUGACUGGAAUUUCUGGAAGUAUCUUAUUGAUGUCGACGGAAAAGUGGUGGAUGCAUGGGGACCAAAAGUUUCCGUGCGAGAAAUUCGACCUAAAAUAGCUGAAAUGAUGCGACAGAUAAUCCUAAAGAAGAAGGAAGAGCUUUAGCCAUCUGUCACAUGACCCUUUAGUGUGUGGGUUAGAUUUACAUGCGUUGGUACAUGAACCAAAGAGAUAUUUUGCUGGUUGAUUUGGAUCUUCUUUGAAUAUUCCAUUAUAUCCAAGUAACAUGGCCAAAGCAAAUUGUACGUGCCUUCUGAAGGCACUGCUGAAACACCACUAUGUUUUUAUAUUUAAUGUCACAUUUCAUAUCAGAUGGAUGAUAUUUAAAGCUGCAGCCUUAAGCCAAAUCACUUCUCUCCUUUCUGUUAGACAUCUUGAUAAUGUUUUAGAUGUUGUAUUCAUUCUGAUUUGUUGAAUAAACUUAAACUGUGAUGAGUGAAA